UUAUAUCGAAUUUCACUGUGUAAUAAAGAAGUAUGGAAUAUAGUAAUAGAUAUCGUGACUCUUAGCAUGUUUUCUACUUGUUCAAUGAAAUUGAAAGGAGAAGGAGUUAUCGAAAUGGUUCAAUAUGGAUUUGCUUAGCUUUGUGAUUUUAAAGGCCUAGCAUCUGAUCGAGACAUUUUUCAAAAGGAUAUUAUUGAAAUGCAAAUAGCAGAAACGAUUCCCUUUUUGGCAUUUAGAGAAUAUAUUGAGAAAGAUUGUCGUGAUCGUAAUGAACUUGAGAAAAAGCUUUUGCAAGAUCUAUGUUCAGUACAUUAUAAUGCAUUAUCUGCGGGGUUUCUUUUUGAGCCUUACUUGACUAUUACACUUGAGAAAUUGUUCAAUGGGAAGAUUUGCGCGGAGCAUUCUCUCUUUAAUGACAUUAAGAAUAUUGAUAAGCUAGAAUUACUCUCUUAUAAAGCGACUAUUCGGAACCUUCAUGACUCAACCAUACUUUGCUCAAGGGGUAAUAUGAAGAAAUUUAAUCUACACGAUUUUCUCGAUUAUCCAUCUACAGCAUUCUUUAUGCCAGAGAAAGAGGCAACUGCUGAUAACCUAAAAGCGAAUGAACUGUUAAUCAUAAUCGAUCAUUCUAAUUCUGAACAUUUCUUUUCAAAUCUUGAGCUUAAUGUAUUGAAUGCAGCGAAACGUGUAAAUAAACGUGUAAAUAAUAAAGAAAUCGAUAUAGAUCGACAAAGAAAGAAGAUUAAAACUGCCGAUUAAAGUUUUUUAUUGUUUUUUAUUUAUAACUUUGAGCGGAUCCAUUUUAGAAAAUAUAUGGGUGAGUUUAUUUCGGAUGCCUGGCAAAAAGAUUAGUAUGGAAUAGCAAAAAGGAACUCUCAUUUUAUGGGUUA